AUGUCCGACGAGAAGAGAGAUGCUGCUGAAAAUGAGGCUCCAAUUCCAGCAACUUCAACGACGCUGGAGGAUCUGGAGGCUGUAGAGCCUAUUAGUACAGGAGAAAAUCUACCUAGUGGUGGUGGUGGUGUAAUUAUGGUACACGGGGACAUAUUCGCUGCACCGACGAAUUCAGUGCUCAUUCAUGCAUGUAAUUGUCAAGGAUCAUGGGGUGCUGGUAUUGCACUUGCUUUUAAGCAGUUGUACCCAGCAGCCUACAGAAUCUAUCAUAACCACUGUAUCAACGUCUCAAACCCUUCUUCACUGUUGGGUACCACGCUUUUAAUCCCACCUCAGCCUACGGAUCGGAAAACCCACUGGAUCGCUUGUAUGUUCACAUCAGUGUACUACGGCCGAAGAGUCGAUACUCCGGAUAAGAUACUGGAGAGUACAACGUCGGCUUUUGAACAUUUUUUGAAUCUUGUGGCGAAUGAAGAGACGGCCGGGAGGAGGGUUGUGGGGGAGUUGCAUGCUUGUAAGAUUAAUAGUGGGAGGUUUGGGGUUGAGUGGGAGAGGAGUAGGAAGAUUUUGGAGGAUGGAUUGGAGGAUGGUGGGAAGGGGAGGGUGGUUUUCGCUUAUGAAUUUGAGGAGGAAAGUGGUGGUGCUGGUGGUGCUGGGGGCUCUAGUGGGGGGAGAGGGGCUCGAAGUGGGAGGGCGCGAGGGAGCUCGAGGGGAGGGUUGGGGAGAGGACAACAGACUUUGAGGUUUUGA